CCCGGCACCGCCCGUCCUGUCCUCCUCCGCCCAGCAGCAGCAGCAGCUGCUGCACCAUCCGUCUUCCUCGCCACACUCGAACCAUCUGCUAGGCGGCCCGAACCACCAUCUGCCGCCGGGCGCCUCGCCCGGUUUGGUGCCGCCCCGCAGCAGCAGCAGCAGCAGCAGCAGCAGGCCCCGCUCGGUGUGCCGUCGGUGGCGCACGGGGGUGGAUCGGGCGCCAUCCACGCGUCACCCAACGCCCAAAACCCUUCGUCCGGUGGACGCAGCAGUAGUGGUGGUGGGGGAGGCGGAGGAGGUGGUGGAGCAGGAUCGUUUGCUGCCGCGCUGCGUAAUCUCGCCAAGCAGGCGGACGUCAAGGAAGACGAACCGUCGGGUGCAGGUGGUGGUGGUGGAGGCGGCGGUGGUGCACCAGGGGUAGGAGGCGGAUCGAGUGGAGGACCCGGACCGGGAGGUGGUGGUGGAGGAGGUGGUCGAGACAGAGAUCAUCGCGAUCGGGACCGGGAACGAGAAGGAGGUGGCAACGGAGGAGGAGGAGGUGGAAUGCAGCUGGACGGUCGGGGCAACGCGAUGCCAUCGAUGGUGGUGGACAGGCGCGGGGAGGACGCGCGGGGGAACAUUAUCAGCGACGGCGGCAGGAUACGAAGCGGGGACGGGGGGCGGGACAGUCGGGGAGGCGGCGUCGAUGCGGCCAAGAAGCAGCAUCAGCAGCAGCAACGCUCCUCGCCGCAACCACCGGAGAAGAUGCCGCGCCUCAAUCCGCCCAGCUCGAAUACGAUCCAGUCGGAACUGCUGGCCCGAAGCGGAUUUCAACCGUACAGACCGGACGAACGGCUAGCCCAUCCGGCCGGUGCGUUUCCGAUCGAUGCGUACUCGGCGUUCGGCUCCAUUCCCGGCAUGCCACCAGCAAAUCUCUUCAACCCGGCCGCACUGGCGUACCACGAUCCGGCCAUCUAUCUCGAUCCGCGCUACCAGAUGCUGCGGGCCAGCCACCAUUCGGCCGCAGGGCACCCGCUCUACCCGUCGCUACCCUACCCGCCCAACCUGUACGGCAUGCUGCCCGGCAUGGGCAUGCAGAGCAUACACGAGCGCAUGAAGCUGGAGGAGGAGCACCGGGCCGCUCGGUUGCGCGAGGAGGAGCGGGCCCGGGAAGCGCGCGAGGCGGCGAUCGAGCGGGAGAAGGAGCGCGAGCUGCGCGAGCAGCGCGAGCGGGAGCAGCGCGAGAAGGAGCAGCGCGAAAAGGAGCAGCGCGAGAAGGAGGAGCGCGAGCGGCAGCAGCGCGAGAAGGAGCAGCGGGAGCGCGAGCAGCGCGAGAAGGAGCGCGAGCGGGAAGCGGCCCGCGAGCGCGAACGGGAGCGGGAGCGGGAGCGCGAGCGAGAGCGCAUGAUGCACAUGAUGCCCCACUCGCUGCCCCGGCCGUUCUUCUCCAUUCCCGGCCUGCCGCCCGGCCUGUCCGCACCGCUCGGGCUGGGCAUGCGGCCCCAGGGCGGUCCGCUCGGGCUGCCCUCGCACCAUCCGCUGCACCCGUCGCUCGGGCUGAGCAUGGGACUGGGGCUGCCACAAGUGCCGCAGCCGCCGGCCGGCUCGUCGCUCAAUCUGUCGCACCCGUCGGCGGGCAUGGUGCCGCAGCCGCCCCCGCCCGGCAGCGCGCUGGGCCACCCGUCGAUACCGACCAGCCUGGCGGCGGCGGCCGCCGCCUACAGCCACAGCAUCGCCUCCACGAUGAGCUCGUACCACUCGUCGAUGGCGCACAUCGGCGGGCUGAAUCUGUCCCACACGGCAGCGCUGGCCAACGCGCAGAACCUCAGCCUGGCCGGUCACAUUCCACCGCCCGCCCACGGUUCGCUCAAUCUGUCCGCGGGCGGGUCGCCGGUGGCGGUCGUGUCGUCCUCCCCGACGGGCGGCCACCAUCUGGCGUCGCCCUCGCCCCACCAUCAUCUUACCUCACCGCACGGCGCCCCGCUCGCCCUAACGUCGAGCAAAUCCGCGUCCACCCAUCCGUCGCCGCACCCGGCCACCCGUGCUUCCCCGUCCUCGCCCAUCGUUGCCACGAGCGGCGGCGGCGGCGGCGGCGGCGGCAGCAACACCCCGAACAGUGCGGCCGCCCCGCACCCGUACUACACUGCCGCCGCGAUGGCCGCCGCUUCGCCACUGUCGCUCAGCAGCAAGGCGCCGCCCCAUCCCCAUUCGGCCCUGUCCUCGCACUCGCCCGUCGGUGCGGGCAGUCACCAUCUGCACCAUCUGCAUCAUCAUGCGGCGCAACAGCAGCCGCCGCCGCCGCCCGGGUCGCAUCCGGGCGCCCAAACGCAACCCCAGCUCUCGCAGCAUCCGCCCGGCGCGAGCGGGCGCAGCAGUGCGGUCAUAACGCCGCCCAGCACGCACCAUCAGGCGGCCGCGGUCGCCGCCCACCAUCACCAUCUGCAGCACCAUGCGGCGAUGGUGGCGGCGGCGGCGGCCGCCGCUGCAUCCCAGGAGCAGCAGCAGCGUUCCUCCUCCUCCCAGCAACAUCGCGGGCCGGGGGCGGCGGCGUCGGGACCACCACCACCAACGCAUCGUCUAGAGCAACCGCCACAAGUAGUGGCUGCCGCUCCCACACAGCAGCAACCAUUGCCACCGGCGCCCGCGGCGGCCCCAUCUGCCGGGGUGCAACUCACGGAACACAGUGUAAAUAGUACAAACGUCACUAGUAUUAACAGCAGCAGCAGCAGCAGUAGCACCGCGGACAGGAACGGUGACGCAAAAUCGCGCUCACCCGUCGUCGCCGACGGGCACAACAGCACGAACGUCAUCAAGUCGACCAGCAAUGCGGACGAGACGGGCGGUGUGAUUAAGCGGUCCGGAUCCUCCUCACCCGGGGGCACCGGCGGCGGCAGUCCUGCGAUGCGCGUAGCAACACCGGUCGUGGUAGCCGGUGGUGCCGAAGCACACGAAACGACAAACGGCGGUGGAGCCAGCACGACGGCACCACUGUCAGACUCGCGUCCCGUCUCACGCAGUGCCAGCGAUGAAGCCUCCAAGGAUGGCAUGGUGGCGUCGAAGGAGGAACGGGCCGAUGUGGCGAAGGACGACGGCAAGGACCCGGCGUCCGUUAUUUCCAACGAUAAUGGACCGAGCGAGAACAACGGCACGCUCGACAAGCAGCACCACGACAAGGCUGCGACGGUCAACAGCAAUGGCAAUGGAGGUGGACAGGCCAAUCAAGCGGCCGCCGGAUCGGACGGUGGUGCAGGCAGCCCGGCGGAACUGAGCGGGAAUCGUGAGCGACGAUCACCGUCCAUCCCAAACAGCAACGCCGGAGCGGCCACACCGGCAGCCACCACCGCAGCCCCGCUGGCGCCGACCACAGGUAAUAGCAAGGGUGGAGGCGGUGGAGUACAGGGUGACACAGCAACAACGCUGGAUGAAGUGGCACUCCCAGCACCACCACCACCACCACCCACGUCCAAGCGCGACAGACGAACGUCCGGACCCGCAGUGUCGGACGCAGCGACGGAAGGUGCUGGUGGUGGUGCUGGUGCAGAAAAUGGGAAGAAAGGCACGCUGCUGCACGGUGCCAGCGAGCGGAAGGGGGAAACCGAAAGCGUACUAAACAAUGGUGCCCGGGGAGCGGCGGGAGGCGAUAGUAGAUAGUGUAGUGUAGGGUAGGGGUCCAGAAACGAAGGACAGGACAAGGACGGCCGACGACGUCUACUAAAGAAAAAAAAAGAGGUUUCAUCUCUCACUCCCUCUCUCUUGCAUUUAGUUGUGGAUCUGUAACUUUGAACGCAAAAACAGAGAAAGGGCACAGGGAAAGGUCCUUUUUAAAAUACAAAUUGUACUAAAUUGCAUGCAGUUCUUCCAGUGCGAAGGAGACAAGCAAAACACCUUCACAGAAAGGGCAUACACGACUUAACACGAGUAGAGCGAGAUAUGAUAUGAUGGAAAGAAGGAAAACGAUCAGAACGCUUCCUUGCAGUAGUUGCGAGCACAAACUUUUAGCAGCAAAAUAGAUGUUGUUGUUGUACAUACCCGCCAAUAACGAGUAGGAAUCCUUUCUCGCUUUCGUUGUUGGAUUGUCUUCGUCCGCUUUUUUUUUUUUUGCUUAAUGCAACGACAAACGAUUCAUCAUCCUGUGUGGUGUAGGUGUGUAUCUUAAGAUGUGUUCUUAAAACUGUGUCACACAUACAUACAUACACACACACACACCAUCUCUCCCAUCCAUCCACACCACGCGGUAGUAGAACGUGGUAGGGGUGGGAUACGGCAACACAAGAAAGGCAACAUUUAGGUAAAGUAGUAGUAGUUGGAGGUUUAGAGAUAAGGUUGAUUAAAGUAGGCUAGGAAAAGGUAAAGCGCAAGUACGAAAGAGAGAAAGAGAGAAAAAAAACACGAAACCAUGCAAAGAAGAGAAGAGCGAAAGAAAGAGAAAACGAAGUGAGAGAAACCAGUAGUACAAUGAUACCCCUUCUCUAUCUGUGUUUACACUACUCGAUUGCUCACUCACUCACUCAUUCUUUCUCUCUCUCUCUCUUUGUUGCUUCAUCUCGACGAAAGGACGAACCUGACAAUAUAAUAUACGACGCUAUGCGUGUCUCUGUUAACCGUACCACAAAUAUAUCCUUUUCCUUCUCGUUCGAUUCGUACUUUUUCGCUUCUUUUCUUGCUUUUCCUCUCUUACCACCUCUUAGAAGGUGGAGAGCGCGAGUGGGGAAAGGAAGGCUACUGUACUGAGAUGAAUGUAAACAGUGUGUUUAGGGGGAGCAACUUGUACGAUUAUUAUCACUACCACCACCCCCAUUACAUUUAUGAUGAGCGCUAAUUAUAAUAUUAUUUUAUUUCUUACAUAUGGUUUACUCUAUCGCUAAUCGCGCGCGUUGCAUAUCAUUAUGCUUGUAAAACGAUCUACACACACACAUGUUUGUAUGUGCAUAGAGAAAUGGGAGGAUUAUAAAUAGAAGGAAACUACAAGCACAUGCGAAUAACAUUUAAGCUUCAGGAUAUGUACAUUCACUUGACCUAAGGGAGGACACCUAGGGCGUGUUAGGAUAAGAAAUAUUGCUUUAAUUCUUUUCUAAAAAAAAUACACAAAUUAAAGAGAGUGACAGGCGAAACAGACAGGAAAAAUAAACAGUACAGCGCAAACACAUUUCCUUACAGGAGUUUCUUUGUUUUGUUUUGUUGCUUUUUUUUCUUUCUUUUUGGAUAAAUUAAGUCAGUUCUAAAAUGUAUGAUUUACAAUAAGCACACGGUUGCCUGCGCAUAUUUUGGAAGUAAUGCGGAAGAGAGAAGAGAAGAGAGAGGCAUACAUGCAUAGAUAGGACCAGUGAGAAAGGAAAAGAGAAGAUAAAAAGAAGCAAAAUGUAUGUAGUUAAGGACACGCAGUAGACUGUGUAAUAAGAAAUGGAAAAGAUAGGGUCAAAAAAGUAAAGAAAGAAGGGCAAAGAAGCAUCAAGAAAUAGUAGAUAGAGCAAU